AUGUGGCGAAUGAUGGAAGCGUUUGGAUUUUUACGUUUACCUCACAGUAUGAAACAAAGGCGACGGGAAUCAUGGCGACAGCGAUCACCACUCAUCAGCGUUUUUGUUGUGCUUUUAUUUUUCACAAUCGCUUCAGGACAGCUGAGGUACUCUAUAUCAGAAGAGCUAACAGAAGGGAGUGUUGUUGGGAAUAUCGCUAAAGAUUUGGGAAUAGAUCUGAAUAUAAUGAAGCAGAGGGGAUUUCGCAUUAUAUCUGGCUCGACUGAACCUCUUUUCAAUGUAAAUGAGGAUGAUGGGGUCCUUUACGCAAAGCGCAAAAUAGACCGAGAGGAAGUAUGUAAGGAUAAUAAUGUUUGUGUAAUUAGUCUCAAAACUGUGCUUGAAAACCCACUAGAAAUACAUUAUGUCAUAGUGGAAAUAGCGGAUUUAAACGACCACUCUCCUGCAUUUCCCGACAAAGCUCAGAAACUAGAGAUCUCCGAGUCUGCAUUACCAGGAGCACAGUAUCAGUUACAAAACGCUCAUGAUCCGGAUAGUGGCACAAACUCUAUCCAACAGUAUAAAAUAAGUCAGAACGACCAUUUUCGUUUAGAGAUUAAAGACAGAGGCAAAGAUGGUAAAACUCCAACUUUAACGUUGGGUAAACAGCUAGACAGAGAGGUUAAAAGUAGCCAUAAAUUGGUGCUCAUGGCUAUAGACGGUGGAACACCUCAAAACACGGGCACAGUUGAAAUAUACAUAGAUGUUUUAGACGUUAAUGACAACAUGCCAGUGUUUAUCCAAGAUACAUAUUCAGCUGUACUACAGGAAAACACCCCGGCUGGCACAACAGUCAUUCAGGUUAACGCAACCGAUUUGGAUGAUGGUCCCAAUGGGGAAGUAGUUUAUUCAUUUGGCAGUGGCGUAAAAGGUAAAAUUCGAGAGCUUUUUGAUAUAGACUCUGUUACUGGGGAGAUAAUUGUAAAAGGUCACAUAGAUUUUGAAGAACAAGACAGCUAUCACAUUGAUAUACAAGCCUCUGAUAAGGGAAGCAUUCCAUUUAAAACUUAUAAAAGUGUGAUAAUUAACAUUGGAGACAUAAAUGAUAAUCCCCCUGAGAUAGAAGUGGCAUCGCUGUCAAGUGCAGUUUCAGAGGACUCUAGACCAGGAACAACGGUCGCGCUUCUCAGCAUUACAGAUUCAGACUCUGGGUUAAAUGGAAAAAUAAUCAGCUAUAUCGCAGGGGACAGCCCUUUUACACUAACUCCGUCAAUACAAGAUAACAUGUUCGCCGUGGUCACCAAGUCACAGCUGGACAGAGAGCAACAAUCAACAUAUGAUAUAACAAUAAUUGCAAAGGACGCUGGUGAGCCAGCCUUAACAUCGGAAAAAACAGUAAACGUGUUUGUGUCAGAUACGAAUGAUAAUAGUCCGCAGUUUUCAGCGAGUCCCUAUACGUUCUUCAUUGCCGAAAAUAACCCACCGGGAGCUUCUGUGUUUUGUAUAACCGCAUCCGACAGUGAUGAAGGAGAUAAUGCGAUUAUCUCCUAUCAUAUUCUUAGGAAUGCGGGUCAUGAAAAUAAAGUUACAUCAUUUCUAAAUAUUAACUCCGAAAAUGGGGAUGUUUCAGCCCUGAAAAGUUUUGACUUUGAAACACUGAAAACUUUCCAGUUCCAAGUUGUUGCCUCAGAUUCUGGAACUCCGUCACUAAGCAACAACGUCACAGUCAACGUCUUCAUCCUGGAUCAGAACGACAACGCUCCAGUCAUCCUGUAUCCACUCAGCUCCAACGGUUCUGCUCAAGGUGUGGAGGAGAUUCCCCGAAACGUCAACGCAGGACACUUGGUGACUAAAGUCAGAGCCUAUGACGCUGAUAUAGGAUAUAACGGCUGGUUGCUCUUUUCACUGCAGGAAGUUACUGACCACAGUCUCUUUGCUUUGGACCGCUAUACAGGACAGAUCAGAACACUUCGCUCAUUCACAGAGACAGACGAGGCUGAGCAUAAACUGCUCAUACUGGUCAAAGACAACGGCAACGUUUCUCUCUCAGCAACAGCUACUGUGAUUGUCAAACUUGUGGAGCCCAAAGAGGCUUUUGCAGCUUCUGAUGUUAAAAGUGCAGCAAAAGAUGACGAGGACAGUAAUGUGAUAUUUUACCUCAUGAUAACUUUGGGCGCAGUUUCUGUGCUUUUUCUCGUCAGCAUCAUCGUUCUGAUUGCAAUGCAGUGCUCCAAAUCCACAGACUAUACUUCUAAAUAUCUGCCAGAGACUAAUUAUGAUGGGACACUGUGUCACAGCAUCCAGUACAGAUCAGGAGAGAAGCGGUACAUGCUAGUUGGACCCAGAAUGAGUAUAGGAUCUACUAUAGUACCUGGAAGCCAUGCAAAUACUCUAGUGCUACCUGAUCGGAGACGCACAUCUGAAGAGGUAAGAAAGACUUUAUUUAAACAGCUGUUUUGAGAGUAGUUCACAAUUCUCAGACAUUCCAAAAAAAUCCUGACUCAACAUAUUUAGAGCUUGAUUUCCGUUGAUAUAAAUAUGUUCAAAGUGCUGCGUUAAACUUUCUCUUUAUCACAGCUGAAUAGAAAUAGAACAUAAAUUUGUAGUGUGUAUUCAUCACCCAAACUAGCUGUGUGUGUUAAUGAGAUCGUUGUUGUAUGUGUUUGCUAACAAGUAACGUGGUGAUCUGUUAAAAUCAUAAAUUAAACUACAGUUAGUGUGCUGUGGUUUAAUGUUAAUUUUUAUCCCUUUUGCCUUUGAAACUGAAAAUAUCUAAUCAAUCAGAAACAGACAACCUUUCGACUGAACAUGAAAGAUUUAAUUUUAAAAAUUCAAGAAAAAAAUAAUUGCUUUUCAGAACUAGAACACCUGAAACAUUUCUUUGGUAGUUUUCCCACUUUAGAGGCCCCUGACAAAACUGUAGCAGAUUUCAAGGAAUUGCGGGGAACUGAAUUGUAUCACUGAAGUUACUGGGUGUUCUAUAUUUUCCAAAUGAGGAAACCACAGUGAUGACCUUUUAGAAUGAUGGGCGUGCUCAGAGCAAAUUAUGGCGCAAUUUCUGACGUUUAAAAGUCAUUAUCGAUAAUGACACCGUGUUUUAAUACAUAUAAUGCUGUCUUAUUGUCGUUGGAUAGUUAAAUCUAUAACGCGCAUGUUUAUUUAAUUCCCAUAACAUUUAUGUGUGCUGAAAGUGUAUCAGACUUUGUCGGUGUGCGUCUGCCUGUGGUCGGUAGUGUUGCUGUCCGUAGUGCUGAAAGUUGUUUCAGUUCUACAAGCCUUUUUAUUAGAAAUAAUACAGAAAUAACUCAUAUAGAUUUCCAAAGAAGGAACCUUACAAAUCAUCGAUAAUAUAUCUUAUUCUUAGCAGAACGCUGUUUUGUUUCCUGCAGUUGCCAAAUAGUUUUGUUGCUUGAAUUUAGUUGAUUUUAUUUCAUUUCUUAGGUUCACGGUGCUGCAAUAACGUUAUAUAUCGCAUGGUGUCGGUGUAAUUACAAAUGUUUUCGUCUUUUUGUCGUCACCAGCUGUUCCAGCCCUGUAUUUUGGCAUUUCGUGCAACGAGCUUAAAUAAGAAAUCAGCUGCUUGUCGUUCUCGGUGGUGUGCACAGAUAGGUUUAAUUUAUGGAGAGCAGGUUAAAAAGGAACCCUGCUGCACUUUAU